UGGGUUCAAUUCCCUACACGUGGGGCAGAGCAUCACUGGCGCCAAGUGGUACCAUAAUCACCUGCCCAGAGCCUCCCCUCUGUCCACUCUGCCGUUAACGCAGGUGGUGGAUGACUCGCUGUGUGUACAUCACCCAGCACGAGACAAAGAUCCGGGGUUCAGGGCCAGCUACAGCCAGCUGCCCACUCCGCCGCCCACGCCGCUCGGACCGUGCCCAGCCAUGGGCAGCAAAGCUCUGCCCGCGCCCAUUCCCAUCCACCCGUCGCUGCAGAUCACCAACUACUCCUUCAUGCAGGCGGUGAACGCCUUCCCGUGCGCGCUCGACCAGCUGCAGGGCUUCUACGGCAGCUUCAGCGCCCUGCAGGCCAUGCAGGUGAACCAGUGGACGCUGGGCUACCAGCAGCUCGCCGCUCUGCGCGGGGGCGACCUCCCGCCGUCGCCCGGCGGGUUCCUCGAUGUGUGUCGCCUCCCGCUGCCGGGGAUGCCGCUGUCGCCCCAGGCGUUCCACGGCUGCAAGGCGCUCGGCGUGAAGAAGGAGCGGCCCCGGUUCGACUUCGCGAACCUGGCACUCGCCGCCACGCAGGAAGACCCGUUCCCGAGCAAAGGAGUGCCGCGCGCCUCCGAUCAGAGCCGCGGCGGGGGCGACCACGGGUACCCACCCGCGGCCGCGGCUGGGGACGGCAGAGCCAGGCCGAGUCGAGGCCGCCUGCCCGUGAAGACGAGGAAGGAGUUUAUCUGUAAAUUCUGCGGCCGCCACUUCACCAAGUCGUACAAUCUCCUUAUACACGAGCGGACGCACACGGACGAGAGGCCGUACACGUGCGACAUUUGCCACAAGGCGUUCAGGAGGCAAGACCAUCUCAGGGACCACAGGUACAUACAUUCUAAAGAAAAGCCUUUCAAGUGCCAAGAAUGUGGCAAGGGGUUUUGCCAGUCUCGGACUCUGGCAGUCCAUAAAACGUUGCACAUGCAGGAAUCGCCACACAAGUGCCCCACGUGUGCGAGGACGUUCAACCAGCGCAGCAACCUGAAGACUCACCUUCUGACACACACGGACAUCAAACCCUACAACUGCGAGCACUGCGGAAAGGUGUUUCGACGCAACUGCGACCUGCGGCGGCACAGUCUCACGCACAGCCUGCGAGACGUCUUCUGAAGAAGGAUGCAGACAGCAGCCUGGCAUGCCCCCACCACCCCCCCACCCCCCACCAGCUCGCGUGGCUCCUAACAUCUUCACAACGCAACAACGAUCAGGCCAAGCCCGCAUUGGCGCCCGCCGUGCGACGCGGCU